AUGAACUUGGAUUCCACGACCCCACUAACAUUCGACAACGCCUACUUUCAGAAUCUGAUUGAGGGGAAGGACGUGCUCACUUCUGACCAGGUGUUGUUUGAGGACCCGAAUUCUCGGUCUGACGGUGGUGGCCCGAAAUUCCAAGUGGAAUUAGGAAGGCGAGACGGGCUAAUUUCUAAGGCUUCAAUGGUCUCGGGAAAUUUACCGGGACCCAAUUUCAAUCUCGAUCAACUCAAAACUAUGUUCGCCAAAAACAAUCUGUCACAAAUCGACAUGAUUGCCCUUUCAGGGAGUCACACGCUCGGUUUUUCCCACUGUUCCCGUUUCACAAAACGCUUAUACUCCUUCUCCAAUGGCCGCCAGGUGGACCCCACCCUAAACCCUGUUUAUGCGCAAGAUCUGAUGAAAUCGUGCCCCAAUAAUAUUUCAGACGAUAAUAUAGUAUUCAUGGAUCCAGUGACCCCACAGAAGUUUGACAAUGCGUACUAUCAGAAUUUGGUAGAGGGGAAAGGGCUGUUCACGUCCGAUCAGGUGCUGUAUACUGAUCUGAGUUCUCGAUCGACAGUUAAGGAUUUCGCCAGCAACUCGGGUCAGUUUAUCACGGAGUUUGCUACAGCAAUGAGGCGACUUGGCAGGGUUGGGGUGAAAACUGGCGAGCAAGGAGAAAUACGGAAAGAUUGUGCGGCGUUCAAU